UGUGCGACGAGGCAGUAAAGGACCGAAGGAAGAGACUUGAGUCGUGUCUGUUUUGGGGCGAACAGAUUUCAGCUUCAGCAUGAAGAGAACACCACAGCGCCCCAACCCCUAAAUCAUCAUAACACCUUCACACAAACAUCUAAACACACAUUUACCUUCUUCCCGUGUUUAACCCGUGUACGGGAGCUGUGCUGCAGAGCUGUGUUGAGCUCCAGCUGAGAUCCAUGAAGCUACCAGGCUAACUGUGUUUCCCUCUGCAGGUGUUGUGAUGCGAUGGUGUUUCUGGGUGUGUGAGCUUCUACUUUCAUCAUGAACGUUCACCACCUCCCCCUGCUGCUCCUCCUGCUGCCAUGUGUCUGCUCAGCAGCAGCCAACGGCUCGGCCUCCAUUGUUGGCCACCUGGUGACGUCAAAUAUGGACAACUGCGUCCUUUCAAACUGUGAAAAGAAUUUCAAUUUGUCCUGUAACAAACUCGUCUUCUGGGACAAGAAAUCCAUAUGUAUUUUCCUAAACUGCCCCAGUGAAAAAUCGUGUGAGCAGUUACUGGAGGAACUGGCAACGAAAAGCCAGGAUGUUGUCAAACUUUUGCAUGAACCAAGAUCUCUUCCUACUUCAUUUUCUCAAUCUGAUCCUGAUGUUCCCCAACCUGGUAUUGAUGCCCAAACUACUGCACCCAAUUUUCAUCCAAAAGCUGUCGUUGGCCCUUCAUCUGCUCCUAGUACCUCUCUACCUGUAGUGCACCCUGUGGACUCCAGCAAUACCAACAGCUCGUCAAAAAAUGAACCUGGAGGGCCAGGUAACCCUCCACAAGUCAACACUGUUGUACCUUCAAUAAAGAACAUUACUGCUCCUGCAGCAACUCUCAGGCCAGAGACCACACCAUCGGCUCCACCAAAAGCUGUAGGUUCAGAGAACUUCCCAACUGCAGGGGCUAAGACCUCCCCCGAGAUCAAGACCUCCCCCGAGAACAAGACCUCCCCCGAGAUCAAGACUUCCCCCGAGAUCGAGACUUCCCCCGAGAUCGAGACUACCCCCGAGAUCAAGACAACCUCAGGGUCCUCCCCUAAAGUGCCAUCCACAGCUCCCACUGCAACAAACGCCACAGUGAUAACCACAACCACAGUAUCGACCUCUACCACAGUAACCAACGCCACGACCUUCACCGUUGCUGCAAUAACGAAUACCACAGUAACCACCUCAACACCAUCAACGAUACCAGUGACCACAACAGUUUCUACAGCUACAAACACCACAACAGUCCCACUUACUGUUCCUGUGCAGCCACCAACCACUGCAGAAUCUACCACCAUGAUAAAAAUAACAACUUCUUCACCUUCUUCUGCAACCACCACCACUCCACCACCCCACUUACCCAGUACCCAUUCUGUUACCCCAACAGAGGACCAAAAGCCUUCAGAGACAACACGGAAUCCCCCAGAGAAACCUCCAACAGGGCAGUUACCCAACACUGACAGCAAGGCAAGAGACCAGGCUGGCCAGGGGGUACUAGAAGCUGCAGGAGAACCGCUGACAUUUCACGUGGUCAACACCAGCUCUCUUCUGGCCGUGCUAAUGUUUGGUCUGUUGUUCUUUGUUGUCACAGUCGUCCUCUUCCUCAGGCACGCUUAUGAAAGCUACAAGAGAAAAGACUACACACAGGUGGAUUAUCUGAUCAAUGGCAUGUACUCUGAUUCAGGGGUAUGAGUUUACAUUUUUGAAAAAUAGAAAAAUGUGGGGUUUUUUUCCUCUUGAUUCCAGUGUUGAUUUUUUUUUUGUUGAUGGGGGUAUUACUACUUGGUAUUUGCUAGACUCAGAAUGUGAAUGUUUGUUAAGGAUUUCACACUGUUCUGCAAAAACUGAGAAGAUUAUGGGACACGACAGUCUUCAGUAUGACUUCAUUCAAUAAUGUACAGAUUUUGUGUUUGAUUUUCUAUGCAGAAGACGCUUCCAUUUAAUUCACACUAUACAGAAUUUAAGCCUUAGUCUUAACCCUUAAACCCUUAACCUUUUCUCAGUGAAUGUUAUUCUAAGAGAUUGAUGGUGCAAUAUUUUCCUUUUGUCUUUAAUUUUCCAUUAAUGUCCACUUUUUUAAGAAGGACUAACGCGGUCAGGUUGCACUAGUUGCCUUUUUCGCUGUCUGUAUUAGAAUGUGUUAACAGUUAAUGCCUUUUCACUUUAUUUGCCUUUCUUUUUUUCUUAAAUACUUUGACUUUACUUUUGUAUUUUUCUGUUUUCAAACCAUUCCACUUUUCGGGUUAAGAAUGGAUGCCAAAAAUGGUCACUGUGGUACAGAAGCACAUUAAAGAAAAGCCAAUGGAAUUGUUUAGCCAUUAUGAACUUCAUCCCUGGAUUAAGAGGGAACUUUAUUUUCUACUUUAAAAAUUUUGAGAGGUAUAAUGCAGGUGCAGCAGUCUGAUAUGUGCCAUUUGAAUAUGUAAGCUGUACUAAUGCACUGCAAAAAAUUAAAACAUUUCUUUUGCAAAAAAAAGAAAUAAAUGUAAAACAAAAAGUG